GAGGGCUGGAAAAUGCGAUUUACUGAUGGCGUUUCCGCCGCGCUCACACCCCGCCCCGCUCAGCGCUGUGCCAAUAGCGGCUCUGCGUGCGCUGCGGGGCCACGUUGGGGCCGGGCUGGUGCUACUGUAGUCCGGGAUGGAGCUGCUGUAGUCCGGGCUGUUGCUGCUGCGGUCCGGGAUGGAGCUGCUGCGCGUCCUGCGGCGGCGCUGGGACACGUACAAGUACCGCUUCGUGCCAUGGCUGCUCCUCAACGUCCGCCGGCAGCGCAGGACCCUCCGGUUCGUUCCCGAGAGCUCCCAGGACAAGCUGAUCUCCGAUGGCGAUGUCUGUGACACGCUGCUGAAGGUCUUCACGGCGCUGCUGCUCAAUGACCUCAGCAGGCAGGGGCCGGCCCUGGCGCUGCUCCCUGGUGCGGGGCGGAGAUACGCGCAGUUACGGGCUGACGAGCUGGACCCGGGCCGGCAGGGGCCGCUCAGCCCGCAGGAGGUGCUGCUUCGUACCAUGGGCUUCAGCGUCACCCGGGACCGCAGCUCCCUGCGCUCUGCUGGCACCGGAGUCUUCGUUCGCGAGGGCUUCGUGCCCAAAGGGGCGGUUGUGGCCAUGUAUCCCGGUACGGUGUACAGAAAGCACGAGCCCAUCUUUUUCCAGUCGCUUGGCAACCCGUUUAUUUUUAGGUGCAUAGAUGGUAUUCUUAUAGAUGGGAAUGAUAAAGGACUGUCCAGAUCAGUGUACAGGUCUUGCAGCUGGAGGGAUCAGCUCGGCCCCUUUCAGAUGAGUGACGUGAGCUGGCUCACAGCUGCUCCACAAAACCCACUGGCAGUGGGACAGUAUGUGAACAACUGCUCCUAUGAAAAAGCAGCUAAUGUGUGUUAUCAGGAGUUUGAUGUGCCAAGACAUUUUCCUGUGGAACUGAAACAGUAUCUUCCAAACAUUGUCUACAGCCACGAGAUAGACAGCCACCUGAGGUGUGUAGUGCUCGUCACGCUCAGAGACAUCCAGCAAGGAGAAGAACUUUUUUCUAAUUACUACACCAUCAUCAACUGAAGUAAUGAGUUUGGAACUGUUAAUAAAAUACCUCUUGUGUACUUCAAGCUUCGUAAGCAUUUAUGUACAAUGAGCCAAUAACAA